CUCAGCCGCCUGCACACGCACCUCACGACCCCGGUCUCGCAGCGCUGGACCGACCUCCUCCUGCUAACCAGCUACACAAUCACCGGCCUGUUAGACUCCACAGCCGUCUUCAUCUGGGGCUCCUUCGUGUCCAUGCAAACGGGCAACACCGUGUACGCGGGGCUCGGCCUGGCCGGCCUGGACGGCACGACGCGGUGGCAGAAAUCGCUCCUCUCGAUCGGGAGCUUCUGCACGGGCAGCGUGCUUUUUGCCGGAAUCCACCGCCACGCCCGCAGCCCGAGAGCCCGCGGCGCGUUGGCGGGGUCGUUCGCGCUCCAGGCGCUGUGUAUCGCCGGCGCGGCGACGAUUACCCGCGUGUAUCGGGCAGAUGGGAAGAAGGAAGGGGAGGGGGGGCUGGAGUGGACGGUCGCCGUGCCGUUGGCGCUCGUGGCGCUGCAGAGUAGCGGGCAGGCGGUCGCCAGUCGCGCGCUGGGGUUCGCGGCGUUGACGUCCGUCGUGUUGACCAGUAUCUACUGUGAUCUGUUCUCCGCGCCGGUGUUGCAGGCGCAGCGGCUGGGGGCGGUGGUCAGGAGUCCCGAUGUGUGGAGGCGCGUCGGGGCGGUGGUCGGGUUGUUGGUCGGGGUGGUGAUCGGGGCGGCGUGGGCGAGGAGUGAGGCUGGCUUGGAGGGGGCGUUGUGGACGGCGGUCGGGUUGAAGGCGUUGAUUACUGUGGCGUGGUUGGGGUGGAGAGGGGAGAAGGUGGGUGCUGGGUUGGAG